GUUCUUAUGCAAACAAAAAAUCGAAACAACACGAACCAACCACGGUCUAUACGGUUGUGCCUCUGUGUGCGAGUCGCGCAGCUUCACGCAAUUGAUGGACAAUAGUGCUGCGUGAUUGUCGUUGUACAAAAAUCAAUCUAAUGAAUUACGCGAGCACAGCAAUCGCCGCACUUCAACCGUGGCGAGAGAAAAAAAAAUGCUCACGAAUAACCUUGACGGGUUUGCUUACGUUUUACAUGUUGACCCUUAGCGUGGAAGCCACAAGUGCUUCAUACGUGUAGCUGCUACAAAUGAACGGAUUGAUGGCGAUAGCAAUGAAGAAAGUUGGAUCUACUCGCUGUUUCCACCGAUGAAGUUUGCAUUCCUCGUACCGGCAUUGUUCGGUGUGGUACUGGUCGGUGGACUGUCUGCCUUUUCUCUGUACCAUUUGCGAGACGAGCUCCGCGUUCUAUUUAUCCGACAACAUUAAUUCUGCGGCACAGCACAAUGGAAACGUGGCUCGUCAUUGGAAUAUCCGGUGUUACGAACGGUGGCAAAACGACGCUUGCCAAAUCGCUGGAAUCAUACUUUCUGGCCCACCAAAACAAGGUUUUCUUCAAGGAAAAUCUUAUCCUCAACAAGGUGGUUGCACUGUGCCAGGAUGAUUACUUCCUUCCGGUGGACAGCCCACGGCAUGAGGUGAUCAAGAAGCUUAACCACAUCAACUGGGAAAUACUUUCCUCGCUCGAUAUGGAUCGCAUGUGUCAGGACAUUAUGAAGGUGCUGGGGCAAAAGUUUAUUCUGUACAACUGCACCCAGCUGCGGCAGACUGAAGACGACAGCGAAAUGGGCGAGCAGGUUGAGUCGAUGGACGAGUUCAAUCUGUUUGCCGAUCACUUUCUGAGCAACUUUCUUACCAAAUACGAUGAAAACGGUACCGGCAGCAGGACGACGAACAUAAUCAAGAAAUCAAAGAACGAAUCGUACCAAAACAUGAGCAUUAAGAUAAACAUUUUGCUGCUGGAAGGAUUCCUUAUCUUUAAUCACUCGUUCACGCGAGAUUUGUGCAACAUGAAGUUUCACAUCCAUCUGCCGUACGAGCGAUGUUACGCACGGCGCUUGCAGCGGGUGUACGAUCCACCGGACGUGGUCGGGUACUUUGAGAUGUGCGUGUGGCCAAUGUACGAGAAGCACUAUCGCGAGUUCAAGGGUCGGAAGGACAUUUACGUGCUGAAUGGAGAAAUACCACAAGAAAGUAUCUUCAACUACGUGUUAAACUGCAUUAAAGACUUACUGUAGGUAGCUUACAGCGUGCAGCCGAUAGGAUUAAGCUAAGCAAGUACAAGAUCAAUUGUGAACGAUUCCAGUAACGGGUUUUUUUGACGAGUUCCUUAAACAUGUAAGCCGGCUAAUUUAGGGUUAGAUUUUUAAUGGUAAGCUAUACACCGUUCCACUAUACAUAAAAUCCAGAGCCGAUCAAGCUCAUCAAUCAGUACAGUACACAAUAACAUACACGCCGUCGUUUGUUUGUA